AUGACCAACGAAGCCCCCUACGAUCCCUACAUCCCGGCCGGCGCCAACGGGGCCACCGCGGCCUCCUCGUCGCAGAAUGGCAACCAGCGCACUGCCGCAUUGCAAGCGCAAAUCGACGACACCGUCGGUGUGAUGCGCGAGAAUAUCAACAAGGUCUCCCAGCGUGGUGAGCGCCUCGACUCUCUGCAGGACAAGACGGACAACCUGGCGGUAUCGGCCCAGGGCUUCCGCCGGGGUGCCAACCGUGUGCGCAAGCAGAUGUGGUGGAAGGACAUGAAGAUGCGCGUAUGCCUGGUGAUUUGUGUGAUUGUCCUCCUGGUGGUUAUUAUCGUGCCUGUGGUCGUCAAGACUACUCACUGA